CGCUGUCGCGGUGGUAGCGUGUAUAGGAAGGGAGGGCAAUCUUGUCCAGACUCUAAUAAGAACCCAAUGGCUGGCGCACGGCGGGCAGGAGCGCUUCAACACGACACGAGACACAAGUGGACGGACACAACAUCUCGAGGCGCUUGCUGGAGGCAGGAAUGGGAUGAGAUUCUGAGAAUUCGUAGAGGAGAUAUUUCACAGAGACCCAACAGUGAUGUAGGUCCGCGUCAGGUUUGCUAUUGCUGAACUGCCGGGUGACUGGAGAGAGAGGCGGUAGGUAAGUAGGUAGGCGACUGGAAGCUCGAGAAACACCUGCAUGGCAACAGGUACCUGUACCUGCAAAGACUGAUAAGGAUGAGAACUAUUUAUUUUUUAAUUUAUUGUGAACAGCAUAAAGGAUGAUAAAUCUUAAACAUUCUGGAAAGGAAAAUAGUUUUCAAGUGGCAUAAAUUAUUAAGGGAGUAAUCGAUAAAACAUUAAACUACAUAAGCAAGAGGAUAUAACAAUACAGUAGAGAUUAAAGUUCAUUUUAAAGAGUCAACAUGGAUUUUACAGAAGACCGGCGUCCCUGUACUUCCAGUGUGGAUUUUGAUCCAUAAUGGCCAACCUUGCUCUAUAGAAACAUUAGAACUCCUUUACAACUCAUGGUCUGGAAUGGACCACCACCAAGAUUUGAACCCCAUCAUUCAAAUGCAUUUAAGUGCCCGAGACGGGGCUUGCUUAGUGGGCACGGUGGAUCAUUGAAGGUGUCCCCAAUGAAGGUGUCCUCCUGGUUGGAAAGCCUGGCACGGCUUGGCCUGCUCGCUAUCUUCACGUGGAGCUCCCUGGUCCAGGGGUGCGGGCCAGGCCCUGGGUACGGCAACCGCCCUAGGCCCAGGAAACUCAUCCCCAUGCCUUACAAGACCUCCUUCCCCAAACUUUCCGAGAACAACCUAGGUGCCAGCGGGAGGGUGGAGGGCAAGAUCACACGUAACUCUGAACGCUUUAAUGAACUGGUGUGUAACUACAACACCGAUAUUAUCUUCAAAGAUGAGGAGAAAACCCUUGCUGACCGCUUCAUGACCAAGCGCUGUAAAGACUGCCUCAACAAACUAGCCAUAGCGGUGAUGAACCACUGGCCUGGGACGAAACUGAGGGUGACAGAGGCCUGGGAUGAGGACGGCCAUCACCCCCCUGACUCUCUUCAUUAUGAGGGACGGGCCGUGGACAUCACCACGUCAGACCGCAUCCCAGACAAGUACGGCAUGCUAGCCCAGCUGGCUGUGGAGGCUGGCUUUGACUUUGUGUACUAUGAGUCCAAGUACCAUGUGCACUGCUCUGUCAAAGCUGAUCACUCUGUGGCGGUGGAGAAAGGGGGCUGUUUCCCAGGCUGGGCCCGAGUGACCUUGGCCGGAGGGGGACAGAAGACCCUGGCCUCCCUGGGGCCUGGAGACAGAGUGUUGGCCCUGUCUGGGUCAGGACACAUCGUCCUCAGCCGCGUCCUUCUAUUCCUACACCAAGACCAUGAGAGCAGGUCCACUUUCCUGGUCCUGGCCACAAAAGAUGGCCGCCGCCUAGCCCUCACUCCCCACCACCUGGUCUUCCUUGCACCCCAUCACAAACUCCACUACAGUGAGUACAAGGCUCAGUUUGCCAGUAGAGCCAAACCGGGGGACUAUGUACUCGUCCAUGGAGCGGACGGCCGAGUACAACCAUCCAGGAUCACAUCUGUAUCGCAGGAGGAAGGGAUGGGUGUGUACGCACCACUUACAGAACACGGCACUCUGUUUGUGGAUGGGGUGCUGGCAUCCAGCUAUGCACUUAUAGAGGACCAUAGGCUGGCACACUGGGCAUUUGGGCCUCUGAGACUGCUGCUGUCAUUCACCCAGCUGGUUCGGGGGGAGGGCACACUGGGAGCGCAGGUCACAGAGGCAGAGAGAGAGCACACGAAGAAGCCCACUCACUGCAACACUCAACACAUUUGUGUGAAUCAGACACUCAACAGCCCAGGCGUGUAUGUGAAUACAAACACUUCAGACAGACAAAGCAGUUGCGCUGCUGUACCCAUAAACAGAGACAUUGAGGGGGGACACUGUGACUCUGUGCGAAAAGAGGUUUUGAGUGUGCACUGGUAUGCUAGGCUGCUACACAGAAUUGGACAGUUCUUUCUAGACCCAAAGACAUUUUAUCAUUAGGUUAAAGGCACUAUAGGCUCAACUCUGGUGCCUGUAUACCACUGAUAAUUACUACUGUAACAUUUCCAGUGUCCUACAGAUAAUUGCUAUUGUACUGUUACAUUUCCACAGUGUCCUAUAGAUAUUUGCUACUGUACUGUUACAUUUCCACAGUGUCCUAUAUAUAUUUGCUACUGUUACAUUUCCACAGUGUCCUACAGAUAAUUUCUACUGUACUGUUACAUUUCCACAGUGUUACAUUUACACAGUGUCCUACAGAUAAUUGCUAUUGUUACAUUUCCACAGUGUCCUACAGGUAAUUGCUACUGUUACAUUUCCACAGUGUCCUACAGAUAAUUUCUACUGUACUGUUACAUUUCCACAGUGUUACAUUUCCACAGUGUCCUACAGAUAAUUGCUAUCGUUACAUUUCCACAGUGUCCUACAGGUAAUUGCUACUGUUACAUUUCCACAGUGUCCUACAGAUAAUUGCUACUGUUACAUUUCCACAGUGUCCUACAGGUAAUUGCUACUGUUACAUUUCCACAGUGUCCUACAGGUAAUUGCUACUGUUACAUUUCCACAGUGUCCUACAGGUAAUUGCUUCUGUUACAUUUCCACAGUGUCCUACAGAUAAUUGCUACUGUUACAUUUCCACAGUGUCCUACAGGUAAUUGCUUCUGUUACAUUUCCACAGUGUCCUACAGAUAAUUGCUACUGUUACAUUUCCACUUAUGCUCUUAUUUUUCUACUGCCCUGUCUUUUACUAAAAUGUUAAACCUUAUGCACCCCGAAAGAGUAUAUUUGCAUUUUACUCACCGGUAAUUGCAUUGUAAUGUAUUUAUGUAUUAACAUUGUAUUUCCUCUUUUACACUCAGUAAAUGUGUUGAUGGUUGGUUUGGGUGCAUGUAGAGACUAUGUCUUCAAAGAUGAUGCGUUAUAGAAGGCUUUUAUACAGGUUAAUUCCUGAGAGAAAUGGACACCAUAAUAACGGAAUCAGCAUGUGUAUUGUCAAGAAUCCAUUGUACAUGUGUAUUGUCAAGAAUCCAUUGUACAUGUGUAUUGUCAAGAAUCCAUUGUACAUGUGUAUUGUCAAGAAUCCAUUGUACAUGUGUAUUGUCAAGAAUCCAUUGUAUAUGUGUCUUAUUUAGAUAACAUCUACAGUAUAAACCAACAUAAAAUGUGGGUUUCCUAUAUGCUUUAUUAUUCUAAAACAAUGAGGAAAAAUGAGUAUGUGCCAGAACAAAUAAAAGCUUUAUUUUUGUACCUUCUGAAUCAUAAUAUAUAAAUGUAGCAAUUUAUUGUAAUUAUUAUAACUAUGGCCUCAUUUGUUAUGUUCUCUUUUAAAGUUGUAAUUAAACAAAUUAUAAUACAUUAUUGUGUAAGUAAACCUUGCUUGUGUUCCUGUUUUACAUGUAGAUUCUCUCCGUUAAAUCCUUCUGUCUCUCCUAGGGUUUGCAAAUGACAUUUACAGAAGAUGUUAGAAUAUGUUUCAUUGAUGUUGUUCUGUCCUUGAACUGUUCUUGUCUAUUAAUGUCCUGUAUUAUGUCAUGUUUCAUGUGGACCCCAAGAAGAGUAGCAGCAGCUUUCACAACAGCUAAUGGGGAUCCUAAUAAAAUACCAAAAAGACUACAUGAAAAACUUGAGAAAUCUGACCACGGCCUAUAGUCAUAUUUGGAGCCUCCGAAUUACAGUGGGAGCUGUCUUCUUGGUGCAUGUGUACUGUAACAGAGCAUGUGUACUAUAGCAGAAAGGGUUCAAACUCAGACAUCCAGCAGAACUGGUGGGCCAGUCUACAGUAGUUAAUAAGAAACCCAGACUUAAUAUUCUCCCUUGCUGCCCGAUCUCUCUGUGUUUAUCUUAAUCAUGUUCUCCAUCCUGGGCUCCUGAGUAAUGGAAUCUCUAUGCUCUGAUUUUCCGAGUAUUUCAGUGUAUUUGCAACAUAGCUUGUUAAUGGUGACCUGUCCUGUCAUUGACACUUCCUUUCUGUUAUUAACCUAAACGAACAAUGCCUUGUC